AUGGGUCCCAAAGUUUACGACUUUCCCAAGUCAGAAUCGCUGAGAGUCAAACUGGAACGAUUUACCGGGAAUGGAGUUCUUCUAGCAGAAGGUGACGAACACAAGAUGCAACGUCGAGGUCUCUUACCUGCCUUGACAUUCCGCCAUAUCAAAGACCUCUACCCUAUCUUUUGGUCCAAAUCAGUCGAGAUGGCGAAUGCCAUUGAGGAUCAAAGACAAAAUGGCUCAAAACAAAUUACUAUCCAAGUCAGUGACUGGGCAGGGCGAGCAACAUUGGAUAUCAUUGGCCUCGCCGUCAUGGGGCGUGACUUCAACUCGGUCCAGAAUCCCAACACAGAAUUUCACCUGGUGUAUAAAAAGCUGAACAUGAAGCCCAGCAUAUGGACGAGACUACUCAUCCUACUAAGCUUGCUCACCUUUGGCUUCAAGAUGUUCUUCCGACUCCCUACGAAAUGGAAUCGCGAUUCCAAACGAGCCGCCAAUUACAUCCGACGAUAUGCUCGAAAGAUCGUUCAAGACACAAAGGCACGGCUGAUCAAGGGCGAUAAUGACCACAAAGACAUUGCGUCGCUUCUUAUGUCAAGUGGGAUGUUCUCGGAGAAAAACAUGGUAGACCAAAUCAUCACCUUUCUCGUAGCUGGCCAUGAGACCACCGCGGCAUCGCUCCAGUGGGCAGUAUAUGCCCUGUGCAUACAUCCAGAAGCUCAAGCCCGACUGCGCGACGAGGUUUGCAGCCAACUAAUCUCACAGUCAGAUCAGACUAUCAAUGCCCAAGCAAUCGACUCCCUCCCCUAUCUGAACGCAUUCUGCAACGAAGUUCUGCGUUUCUACCCACCUGUUCCUUCAACGGUGCGAGAGGCAGGAGUCGACACAUCGCUUGCUGGGACCUUUAUCCCCAAAGGCACAACGCUAUUGAUCUUAGCGGGCGUGACGAACCUGGAAGAGACUCACUGGGGUGCCGAUGCUGCCGAGUUCCGACCUGAACGCUGGCUAGCCCGGGGACGAGCAAACAGUGGCGGGGCUGAUAGCAACUACGCCAACCUCACCUUCUUAGCCGGGUCUAGAGGAUGCAUAGGUAAAGGCUUUGCCAGGUCCGAGCUUCUGUGCCUGGUGGCAGUUCUAGUGUCUAGGUUUAAGAUGGAGCUGGAGAACCCUGACAAGAAGUUGGAGGUUGUGAGGGCUAUCUCGGCGGCACCGGCUGAUGGAGUGAUCGCUAGGCUGACAUCUUUAGAAUGA